AUGCCUCAAGGCUGGGACGGGCCCGACGACCCUGAAUGCCCCAAAAAUUUCUCGACUCUGAGAAAAGCCUUCAUCACCGCGAUGCUGGCCUCGCUCGUCUCCCUCGUAACGUUCGGCUCGUCCGUCAUGAGCCCGGCUGUCGGAGCCUUGGCUUCAGAGUUCUCCAUAACAAAAGAGGUGGCUAUCCUCGUCACGGCCAUCUUUGUGCUGGGCUUUGCUUUCGGGCCCAUGAUCUUUGGCCCUGCAUCUGAGGUACUUGGGCGCAAGUACCCUUUGAGCAUUGGCCUCCUUCUCUUCGAGGUCUUCGUGGUGCCUGUUGCGGUAGCACCGAAUGUGGCAACCAUCUUUGUCUGCCGCUUUCUCAGCGGUGUUUUUGGAUCCUCAGCACUGGCUAUUGCUGGCGGUGCACUGGCAGACCUCUGGGAUCCUCUGCCGCGCGGCGUGGCCGUAGCUGGCUUUGCCUCUGCCACCUUUUUGGGGCCUGUCCUGGGCCCGAUAGUCGGAGGCUACGUUACAAUGUCUCACCUGGGCUGGCGCUGGACGCAGUGGAUUACUCUCAUUGUGGGCCUGUCCCUGUUGCUCGUGUAUUUUGUCAUGGUACCCGAGACUUAUAGCCCCGUGCUCCUGUCCCGCAGAGCGAAAGAAAGGAAGCAGGUUGCCUCAGCUCCUACCACUGCCCUUGUCAAGGUACGAGAACUUGCCCGGCUGUAUGUGUUCAAACCUUGGAUGAUGGUCGCGCAGGAGCCCAUCCUCGCCCUCGUCACUCUGCACAUGGGUUUCAUCUAUGGCUUCUUCUACCUCUCCUUCGAGGCGUACCCUAUCACCUUUGAGCAACAGCGCGGCUGGAACCUUGGCGUGGGUGCCCUGCCGUUUCUCGGCAUCACGGUCGGGGUGCUCACGGGCGUGGCCAUCAUCAUCUUGCAUACCAAGACACGUAUGCAGCGCAAGAUGCAGGAACAUGCGGGAGACGUUCCCGAGGAGCGCCUUGUGCCCAUGAUUCUCGGUAGUAUUCUGCUACCUAUUGGCAUGUUCUGGUUUGGAUGGACCUCGAGUCCGACCAUGACAUGGGUGCCGCAGGUCAUUUCAGGAGGGUUCAUUGGUUGUGGAAUUUUGCUGGUCUUCCUACAGGGUUUAAACUACUUGAUUGACGUUUACAAGAUGAACGCCAACUCAGCCAUCGCGAUCAACGCCAUGUUUCGUGGGCUCCUCGGUGCUGCCUUUCCCAUGUUCUCUACAUAUUUGUUCAACAACCUUGGUGUGCCCUGGGCCAUGUCGUUACUCGGGUUUCUCUGCAUCGCUAUGAUUCCGGUCCCCAUACUCUUCUACAUAUAUGGUGCUCGAAUCCGGCAAUGGAGCAAGUUCACUGUAUUUUGAGCGCGACAACCUCAGGAAUCCAUUUACCCGGAACAUCUGGACUAAUCAUGGCAAGUGUGCCAUUUCAACGAGACACACCUCGGUUCAUCAAGAUAUGGGACGCUCAAAGGGCAGCAAGUACGGAUCAGGACUAUGUAUCGCUCUUUGCUCAACUGCCACGACAAGCAAGUGUCAAAAGUAGACAGGAUUCUAAGAGAAAUCCGAUUUACCUCCAACUCCUAGUAAGGAUCUUUCUGCCGCUUAGCUAUCCAGAGAGAGUACAUAAUAUAUAGCUACCGAAGUAGAAUUAGAUUUACA